AUGGGAAAAAGACAAGGAUUAAGAAAAGUGGUGUUUUUUGAAAGAGAUGAUUCUUUGGAAAGCAACAACUCUCAUGAUACUGCUUCAUCCUCCGAAGGAAGAAACGCUCCACCAACUCAUAAAUUGGGAUGGAAGGAAAGGAAGUGGUAUGAUCAUUUCAAAAACGGAGAUGAUGCAGUUUCGGAAAGCAUUGUCGGAGGCUCAGAUUUGAGCCUAUUUCAAUUCAAUAUUUUGCAUGAUGAUUUAAAUUCUGAAAUAUAUGAAAAGAUUUAUACAAAAAUCAGAUUUGACUAUAUUCUUCAUACUCUUCUUCCCACUAUCAAUGCAGAUGUCAUUUGCUUGAAUGAAGUAGGAAAUCAUUUUUUGAAACGACUAUUAGAUGAGUGUUCACAUACUUGGAUGAAAGAAUUGAAAUAUAAUUUUAUUUCACAUAUGGACAGAGAAAGAUUUGAAAUCUUAAAUCCUCAUCUAUCCAACAAGAAAUCGAAAAGUAUUGAUGAGGCAACACAAAUGACGGUUGAGAAGGGAGGAUUUGUCUGUCUCAUCAUUUCAAAAAUUCCAUUCGUUCAAUCACAUAAUUAUUAUUAUCAAAACGAUCUGGUAUAUUCUAGAAGACCAGCCACCAUGGUCACACUUGCUAAUAAUAUCAUUAUCAUGAACGUUCAUUUGAAAGCAUACAAGGAGUGCCAUCCAAUUAGAAAGAAACAAUUGAAGUGUAUAUACGCUUUAUUUCGAGUACCAAGAGUUGCUUUCAAGUCACACGAAAAUAGUGAGUCAGCAGCUUCACAAGCCAUAUUAAGUAAUGAAAAUAGAUUCACCUAUCACUAUUCCAUUGAGAAUGUAUUAACCACUUCGAAGCAAUACGAUGAAAAGAAGGAGUUUUUAGAAAAUUUCCCACAUGUAAAAUCUGUGAUUCUUUGUGGAGAUCUUAAUUUUAAUCAUGACUUUGAGGAACACAACAUUUCUGAUUACGGAAUGGAAGAUGUUUAUGCCAAGUUACAUCCUGAUCUCGUUGGCAAGGAAGAAUCUUAUACGUUUGACUAUAUGAAGAACCCAAUUGUGAAUUUAUAUUCUGAAACCUCACGUGGACGAUGCAGAUAUGACCGCAUUUUGUUGUUCAACAGGCCAACAACUUUAACGAAAAAUCAAGACCAUCAUUCGACCUUAAUCGGUGGUGAUGAUGGAGGUGGAGCACUUCAUGCUUAUCAAUGUGAAAUUUUAGAAAAUAAGGCAUUCAAGGACAAUAUUUUUGCUAGUGACCACUAUGCACUCUUAACCAAAUUUACCACUUCAAAUGUUUCGAAUGGUCAAGCUCAACAACGGCAAGAUGUCAUUGAUGCUUAA